UCCGGCUUCCGGUCGGAGCUUGUCUUCCAAGUCCCGAGCUUGUGUUUCCACAAGGGAGACAGCCCCAAGCUCACUUUCUGAAACCUGCCUCGCGCCGGUUGUGAGUGGGCUCGAGCCCGGCCCUGCGGUCGGGGCGGCCCGGCCCGAGGGAGGCUGUUGGCAAGGAGAACAGGACGCCCUGUCUUCCGGAACGGAGGCGCCGCGCGCAGGCUGUUUCCGGAGGGUCCUAGCCCGUCGCUCGCUGUGCCCCGCCCCUCGCGCGGCCACGUCUCCCGGAGCAGUCCGGCCGGCAGCCGCCUAGGCUUCCGCGGCGCCCGGGUUUCAUGAUGUUAUUUGGUUGGAUUUCAAGCCACUUCUGAGACUGGAGAUCUUCCCACAAUGGAAAGCCUAGUGCGUGUCUUCCCAGCACCUCUGGGCCGCUGCUGAUGGCAGAGACUUGCAGCCCCUGAGUGUCAGUCCAGCCCGUCCCGCGCUGACCAUGGACAUAGUGCCGGCUGGAUCCAGCAGCAGCACGCCAGCUCACCCUGAGGCCCUCCCAGAGCCCCCAGGGUCACUGGUGCCGUCUGACCAGUUGGCUGAAGAUCCGUGUGCCGGUGCCGAGGCCCACGGAGCUGCAGAGGGAGGACGAGGCCUGCAUGGAGCUGGCAAGGCAGAUGCCUGUCCCAAUGGGCCGACACCGCCGUUCCCAGAGCCCGCGUCCCCUCUCGGUCCUGCCCCAAGCCCGCUGGGUACCGAGGCCUCUGCAGGUGUGGCUGGUUUCCAUGACAACCUAAGGAAGUCUCAGGGGACUGGUGCUGAGGGCAGUGCUAGGAAAGAAGCUUUGCAGUCCCUCAGACUCAGUCUUCCUAUGCAAGAGACACAACUGUGUUCAACGGAGGCCUCCCUGCCCUUGGAGAAGGAGGAGCAGGUCCGACUUCAGGCUCGGAGACGGCUCGAAGAACAGCUCAAACAGUACAGGGUGAAGCGUCAGCAGGAAAGAUGCAGUCAGCCUGCGGCCAGAGCGCGACUGUCCAGCACGCUCGACCCGGAGCUCAUGCUGAACCCGGAGGCUCUGCCGCGUGCCAGCCCGGUGGCUCUGACAAAGGAAUACUCCUUCCUGCGCACCAGUGUCCCCCGAGGGCCAAAAGUGGGCAGCCUCGGGCUCCUGGAACAUCCCAAGGGGAAAAAAAGUUCCAAAUCGAGCAAAAUCCGGUCUCUGGCUGAUUACAAAACUGAAGACUCCGGCGCCGGGAGCUGUGGGAACGGUCCGGCUGCAGACGCCGCCGUGGGCGCCCUGAAGCAGAGCCGGAGCAGCGUGACGUCGGUGGUGUCCGAGGUCAGCGCGUGUCCUGACGCCGAGGACCACCUGGAGAAUGCUUCCCUGAUGGGCGACAACACGUCCGAGGCCGACGGGAACGAGAGCGACAGCUCCUCCCACAGCAGCGUGUCAGCCCGCGGGGCGCGCGGGCUUCGGGUGGACGCCGUGGGCGCUCGCGAAGCUCCCUACGUAGUCAACGGCCAGGAGGUUGCCGCUGCCGCCCUGGGCCAGUUCCCCUCCAUCAAGGACGUGCUCCAGGCCGCGGUGGCCGAGCGCCAGGAGCAGGGGCGGGAGGCGAAUGGGGAGACGCGGAGCCGGACAGACAGCGUCUGCAGCAGCGUGUCCCUGGAAAGCUCCACUGCAGAGACCCACGACGCAGUGUUGCAGGCCCUGAAAGACAAGAUGAGACUCGAGGGUCAGCUGGAGGCGUUGUCCUUGGAGGCCAGUCAGGCGCUGAAGGAGAAGGCGGAGCUCCAGGCGCAGCUGGCCGCUCUGAGCACGAGGCUGCAGGCGCAGGUGGAGCAGAGCCACAGCAGCCAGCAGAAGCAGGACUCCCUCAGUUCCGAGGUGGACACCUUGAAGCAGUCUUGCUGGGACCUCGAGCGAGCAAUGACUGACCUGCAGAACAUGCUGGAAGCCAAGAAUGCCAGCCUGGCAUCGUCCAAUAGCGACCUGCAGGUGGCCGAGGAGCAGUACCAGCGACUCGUGGCCAAAGUGGAGGAGAUGCAGAGGAGCAUCCUCAGCAAGGACAACACAGUGCACGACCUGCGGCGGCAGAUGACAGGCCUGCAGAGCCAGCUGCAGCAGGUGCAGCUGGAGCGGACGGCGCUGAGCAGCAAGCUGAAGGCGUCCCAGGCGGAGAUUGCGUCCCUGCAGCACGUGCGGCAGUGGUACCAGGAGCAGCUGGCCCUGGCGCAGGAGGCCCGGGUCAGACUGCAGGGCGAGAUGGCCCACAUCCAGGUUGGACAGAUGACCCAGGCAGGCCUCCUGGAGCACCUGAAACUCGAGAACGUGUCCCUGUCCCACCAGCUGACAGAAACCCAGCACAGAUCCAUCAAGGAGAAGGAGCGCAUUGCCGUCCAGCUCCAGGGCAUCGAGGCUGACAUGUUGGACCAGGAGGCUGCCUUUGUGCAGAUUCAAGAGGCCAAGACAAUGGUGGAGGAGGACCUGCAGCGGAGGCUGGAGGAGUUCGAGGGCGAGAAGGAGCAGCUACAGAAGAUGGCGGCCACGGCCGCGUCCCUGGAGCAGCAGCUGGAGCAGGUGAAGCUGACUCUGCAGCAGCGAGACCAGCAGCUUGAGGCUUUGCAGCAGGAGCACCUGGACCUGCUGAAGCAGCUCACCUGCGCGCAGGAGGCGCUGCAGGCCCGGGAGCGCUCCCUGGGCGACCUGCAGGUGCGCUUCGACGAGCUGCAGGCCCGGCUGGAGGAGCUGCAGGAGGAGGCCGCGGCCAGGGACGAUGCGGUCCGCGUCCUGCAGCACGAGAAGAUUGUCCUGGAGGUGGCCCUGCAGGCGGCCAGGAGCGGCGAGGAGGAGCUGGACAGAGGGGCACAGCGCCUGGAGGAGGGCGCUGAGGAGACGUCGCAGGUUCUGGAGCAGCUGAGACGAGAGUUAGCUGUCAAGUCCAGCCAGGUGGAGCAUCUGCAGCAGGAAGCUGCCUCUCUGAGAAAGCAGACGCAGAAAGUCAAGGAGCAGUUCCUUCAGCAGAAGGUGAUGGUGGAGGCCUACCGCCGGGACGCCACCUCCAAGGACCAGCUCAUCGCUGAGCUCAAGACCACGAAGAAGAGACUGGACUCAGAGCUGAAGGAGCUGAGGCAAGAGUUAAUUAAACUUCAAGGGGAGAAAAAGUCCGUGGAGGUGGAGCAUGCGCGCUUGCAGAAGGAAGUGUCCCACGUCCGUCAGCAGAUGGCCGAGCUCGAGGGGCAUCUCCAGGUGGCGCAGAGGGAGCGCGACGAGAUGGAGACGCACUUACAGUCUUUGCAGUUUGAUAAAGAGCAGACGGUGGCCCUUAUGGAGGCCAACGAGGCGCUGAAAAAGCAAAUUGAAGAGCUCCAGCUGGAAGCCACCAAGGCCAUCACGGAACAGAAGCAGAGGAUGAAGCGGCUGGGCUCAGACCUGAGCAGCGCCCAGAAGGAGAUGAAGACCAAGCACAAGGCUUAUGAAAACGCCGUGGGCAUCCUUAGCCGCCGCCUGCAGGAGGCCCUCGCGGCCCAGGAGUCGGCAGAGGCGGAGCUGGGCCAGCUGAAAGCCCAGGGGGCUGGCGGCAGCAGCGACCUCACUCUGCACGAGAGGAUCCAGGCUCUGGAGGCCGAGCUGCAGGCCGUCGGCCACAGCAAGACGAUGCUGGAGAAGGAGCUCCAGGAGGUCAUCUCCCUGACCAGCCAGGAGCUGGAGGAGUACCGGGAGAAGGUGCUGGAGCUGGAGGACGAGCUUCAAGAAUCCAGAGGCUUCAGGAGGAAGAUAAAGCGCCUGGAGGAGCUGAAUAAGAAGCUGGCCCUUGAGUUGGAGCACGAAAGAGGGAAGCUUACGGGCCUGGGGCAGUGCAGCGCGGCCCUGCGGGAACACAACAGCGUCUUAGAGACCGCGUUAGCCAAGAGGGAGGCCGACCUGGUUCAGCUGAACCUCCAGGUCCAGGCGGUCUUGCAGCGGAAGGAGGAGGAGGACCGGCAGACGAAGCAGCUCGUCCACGCCUUGGAGGCUGCGCUGGAGCGGGAGAAGGCUGAAGUGCACGGCCUCAAGGAGCAGGUUGCUGCGGCCAAGGCAGAAGCAGGACAUAACCGCCGCCACUUCAAGGCCGCCACCUUGGAGCUGAGCGAGGUGAAGAAGGAGCUGCAGGCCAAGGAGCAGCUGGUGCAGAAGCUGCAGGCCGAGGCCGAGGGUCUCCGAAUCCAAGAGGGGCAACAUUCCCAGGAAAUAGGACUGUUCCAGGCGGAGCUGGCGGAGGCCCGGGCCCAGCUCCAGCUCCUGCAGCAGCAGCUGGACGAGCAGCUAAACAGGCAGCCUGUGGGAAACCAAGAGAUGGAAAAUCUCAAAUGGGAGGUGGAUCAGAAAGAAAGAGAAAUCCAGUCCUUGAAGCAGCAGCUGGACUUGAGUGAACAGCAGAGUAAAAAAGAGCUCGAUGGAACCCAGCACUUGCUGCAGAACAUCAAGGCCGAGCUGGAGACGGCGCGGGAAGACCUGUCCCUGAGCCAGAAGGAGAAGUUCAUGCUGCAAGCUAAGGUGUCGGAGCUGAAGAGCAACAUGAAGAGUCUUCUCCAGCAGAACCAGCAGCUCCGGCUGGACCUGCGGCGCGGCGCGGCCAAGACGAGGAAGGAGCUGAAAGGUGAGACCAGCUCUUCUGGCCCUGUGACCCCAGUGAAGAUCCCCGACUGCCCCGUCCCGGCCUCCCUGCUCGAGGAGCUGCUGCGGCCCCCGCCUGCCGUGAGCAAGGAGCCCCUCAAGAACCUCAACAGCUGUCUCCAGCAGCUGAAGCAGGAGAUGGACAGCCUUCAGCGCCAGAUGGAGGCCCACACCGUCACCGUGCACGAGUCGCUGUCCUCGUGGACUCAGGGGGACCCCGCCGCCAGCCCAGCUCCCCCAGGAGACCACGCCAACCCCCGGGGAGACACAGAGCGGCGCGGCCAGUGCGGGGCCUCCAGAGAGGGGCUCGGGACGGCGGCUGCCGUGCGCCCACCGCCCGAGUGCUUGUGACUUCCCAAAGGAACACUCUUAUGUCAAGAUUAUUUAUUUGACUGUUUGCUCUGUUUUUCUAAGAGAUGAGGUUUAAAUUUUACAUUUGCCUUUACAAGGAGUCAAAGGACAGAACGAGAGGCGAGGAUUAGAGAAAUAGUCAUUGCAAAUCACAACUCGCUUUUCCCGUGGAAUGACCAAAUCUGAACAACCCGGCCUAGAUCUCAGCAGGAAGGUUUUGAGUGUGUCCGAAGAUGCUGCUGUCCGAGGGGGACGCCAGCCGGCGGCCCCUGCAUGACUGGGUCCCGUUUCUCUCCUGAUUCAGAAGAGCUUUACCUCCCUGCAGAAAUGAAACUUUAUUUGCACCUUUGGUUCUUACUUUAUUUUUAAUGGCUAUCUCACCAUAGGAUGUGUAUAUAAAUACUGAAAAUCAAUCUAAUCUUUAAAAAAUAUGUAUUAUUUAAGAAUGAUCUGAAUUGUCUUUUUAUUGAUUGCCUUUUGAAAAUGUGCUGUCAGGAAAUAAUGUCCAUGUAGGGUUUAGGGAUGCCAGUCAGAAAAUUGUAUUUUAAGAAAUCAUUAUUUUAUUUACUGUUCUAAAACCAAAUAUUCCUAGAAAAGGUUCUUUAUUUGAGUUUCACUUUAUUUUCUACGGCCUUGUCGUAAGUGCACAACGUCUCCGUCACCUGACCCCCGGCCCUGCAGGAACCCAGUCACCGUGCUGGCCUGAUGUGGGAGACGCUGGAGGAGCGGCAGGGGGAGGGGGGCGGGGCUGCAGACCCAGGCUUCUCCAGGCUGCCCCCACCCCCACGCCCACCGGAAAUGCCCGGCAGGGCCUGUGUGGUCAAGAAGGUUCGGAAGGCCCUGCAAUCUCUCCUCUGGAGACACUGAGGUUUCUAGAAAGGGCAGCUCAGCUCCGUGGGAAGGCGGUGGCUGCCCCCCCCACCCCCCCGCAGCUGUCCCGUGGGGGAGGACGGGGUUUGGAGCUUGCUGAGCUGGGGGGGUUUCUUGUGGACAUUUCUCCACCUGAAACAGGGAAGCGCUGCAGAAACUGACGGGCUGGGACCCUGAGGUCUGUAGCUCUGUCCCCUACUUGGCUAAGAAAUCUAAACUAGUCCCUACUGUUGUGAGUUAGAGCAGAGAGGCCUCUGGUGCGGACCACUGGUCUGGAGAGGAACUUGGAGCUGUUACUGAUCGGGCCACCUACACCUGUGUCAGCUUACUACUUUCGUCUCUCUUCAGGAUGAAGCAGUUUGGUGUUUUUAAGCUGUUUGUGUUCUCUCGUAAGAUGCUGUUAGAAGGUUCACCGAUAAAGUAGCAUUGACCACAAAGAUGUUUUAGUGUUUUAAAAAAAUUCCCUAGCAAGUAUUGGGACUUCUGAAAUGUGCAUAUCAUUUGUACAGGGUUUAUCCUGAAAUACUACUUGAAGACUUCAUUAUAAAUAUAUCCACUUUUCAUCUGAAGUUGGAAACUGUUUUUGACAAAAUUGUUUUUGUACCGUUAGAGGAGAAAAAUCAUAAUUUACAUUAUUUAUUUGGGGUGUAUUAUCCUCAGUUUUAAUUUUAAAACCAGCACAGGCCCCUCAGCCUCCUGCUGUUGCUGCUGCGUCACUGGCCCUGGGGACGGCGGUCAGGCGCUCUUAGGAACGGGUCAGCUGGUUGUGAGCAGGGCUCUGCUCCUCACUUGUUUCGUUCACGUCUUACCCUCUGUGUGCGUGUGCACCUGCCCCCGUGUGGGAGCUGUGUGCCUGCGGCGAUGGCAGCAGCGCCUCCUGGUUUUCUGACGUCACCCUGUGCCUUUGUCGUCACCCCACCUUUCAGUUCACCCUGGCUGUGUUUCCUGUGUGGCUCACAGCCCCGGAUCCGGGGCCUUUUUGUCCAGCCUUUCGUUAGGGCUUCCUUAACCGGCCACCUGGGAGAGGAAGCUGGACUCUCCUGCACCUGGUGUGUCGAGGGUUUGUUGUUGUUUUUAACCUCCCACAGCUAGAGUCUGCAGUGAGUAUCAUUUGAAAUGUUCUCCUGUUGUGGGCAGAAGUGGGAAUUCAGAAUUUAUUCAUGGAAAACGAAAGUCCCGUCUGGAGUACUUGUAAACAUAGGUUUGCUGUUACGUUGUGUGUGUGGAUAUUACUCAUCCUGGGUCAUGAAUACCGUACGCCAGGUCCUCGCCACAGAGGACACUGGUUUGGACACAUCCUCGUGUCAUUUCUUAUAUGUUUUAUGUUCCAAAGAAAAUCCUCCUCCACCGUGGUUGCCACUGACCUCUCCGUGGAGCACAGUGGAUGGAUGCCAUUGGAUAGUAUGGAUUUAUAUGCUUUUGUUCUACUCUUUGGAAGGUCUAACAGGUCAAGUUCUGAUAGGAUAUACAACUGGCUUUUACUGUGGCCCGGGGUCAGGAUAAAGGGACAGGCCUGCUGAGAAGAUUCUCUCUAAACUCUUCCUCAGUUUACAGACUUUUGGUGUAGGGAUGCUGCCAACACCAUGACAUGCAUUCCUACUCCCAUGAGUAACUUCUACAUAGAAAUGCCAUGUCCUGUGUAAAGAUUUCUAGGAGUAAGGGACCAGCGUAUCUGAAGGGCAAAUGUCCUGGAACCUUCCUCAAGGACCCCUGCGAUGUGUGAGACAUUCUGAGCCUUACUCGAACAAGUUCACUGACUUCCGUUCCAGGCACAUCUGGUUGUCUAAUGGUCUCAGGUUGUAAUAGGAUGCUGGAGGGCAACGUUUUAGAGGAUCUAGAAAACUUGGUGGCUUUAAGUUACUCAUUUCUGUUAAAAAUUUCCUCAUGAAAGGAACUCCUCAGGUUGGGGCUGUUCAAGGGAAAGGUGUCACCAUGCACAGGGAAUUGUAACUUUAAAAAGCAUGUUGAUUUUUUAUAAAUUUAAGUGUGCUGGGGGAAUUCCUUAAAUUUUGUGCAAUAAACUAUUUUUGUUAAAGAUUU